AUGAGUUCGAGUACAUUCGUAGCCACAACGCUGUUGGCGCUGUGUUUAACAAAUGUGUAUGCAAACAGCAUUCGUUGCUACUCGUGCGACGAUUGCAUCGAAGAGAAACCGACCAUCGUCCAGUGUAGCACGCAGAAUGGAAUCGAUCUGAACGCCUACAGGCUCGUACAGCCGGAUCCAAUACUGACGCCGCCACCGCUCGUUGGAGGAGGUGGUGGUGGUGGAGAUAAUUUGUAUCCCGGCAAUCCGCUCUUAACCCCACCGCCGCUUGUUGGUGGUGGUGGUGGUGGUGGAGAUAAUUUGUAUCCCGGAAAUCCGCUCCUAACCCCACCACCCCUCGUUGGAGGCGGAGGUAACUCGAUCUGGAAUCCAGGAUAUCCAUUCGACCCGCUCCUAACUCCACCGCCACUGGUUGGAGGUGCAGGAGGUAACACAGCAUGGUAUCCGGGCAAUCCGCUCCUAACUCCACCGCCACUGGUUGGCGGUAAUCCGGUGUACCCGUGGGGUCCCUUGCUGACCCCUCCGCCUUAUCCGUACGGUAAGGCGGCCAAACAGGUACCAGCGAAACCAGAGAAGCGCUUCGUCUGCGUGACAGUGAGAAGUACAGCUGAAGAUGGUACGAAGGACAUUACACACCGACGCGGUUGUGCCGAAAUCGAAGGAUAUGCUAGCGGCAUCUGUGAGCAGCAGCAGCAUGUCGCUGGAGCAAGAACGAGUUGCCGUGUAUGCGGUCACUCGUUGUGUAACGAGUGA